CUGUCUGUGUUCUUCUCCAGCGACUGAUAGGGACUGACCAUUCCUGUAACAUGAAUUUUUCUUUCGUUUUCAGCGUUGACAAUUGGUUUAUUUGAAUUUUACUGAACCAGUUUUGGACUGCACAGAAACUUUUUUUCCACUCUAAAGGAUUUUUAGCAUUAUAAUUUAUUUUUCGUUCCAAACAAAAAAUUGACUUCAGCAUGGAUCCAACUAUGGAGUAUAGAGACAGCGAUGAUUAUGAUUAUGGUGACAAUGAAACUAUGUGUGACUACUCUGAGUGGGAACCGUCCUACUCCCUCAUCCCUGUCCUCUACAUGCUCAUCUUCAUCCUGGGCCUGUCUGGGAAUGGAGUGGUCAUCUUCACCGUCUGGAGGUCCAAGUCCAAGCGCCGAGCAGCAGACGUCUACAUAGGCAACCUGGCCCUGGCUGACCUCACCUUUGUGAUCACUCUGCCCCUCUGGGCGGUGUACACAGCACUGGGCUACCACUGGCCCUUUGGUGUGGCCCUGUGUAAGAUCAGCAGCUAUGUGGUGAUGGUCAACAUGUACGCCAGUGUUUUCUGCCUCACCUGCCUGAGCUUUGACCGUUACCUGGCUAUCGUCCACUCUCUGUCCAGCAGCCGGCUGCGGUCGCGGGGCACAAUGCUGGCCUCCCUAGGGGCCAUCUGGCUCCUCUCAGGCCUGCUGGCCGUGCCCACUCUGCUGUUCCGCACCACCAUGGACGACAUCAACAGCAACCGCACCACCUGUGCCAUGGACUUCAGCCUGGUCACCCUGAACGAGAGACAUGAGUCUCUGUGGAUCGCAGGGCUCAGCCUGUCCUCGUCCGCCCUGGGCUUCCUCCUGCCUUUCCUGGCCAUGACCAUCUUCUACUGCUUCAUUGGCUGCACCGUCACGCGCCACUUUAACAACCUGCGGAAGGAGGACCAGAAGAAGCGGCGUCUUCUGAAGAUCAUCACCACUCUGGUGGUUGUGUUUGCCAUCUGCUGGACCCCAUUCCACUUGCUGAAGAGCAUGGAUGCCCUCUCCUACCUGAACCUGGCUCCCAGCUCCUGUGGAUUUGAGCGCUUCCUCCUGGUGGCCCACCCUUAUGCUACCUGCCUAGCUUACGUCAACAGCUGCCUCAACCCCUUCCUGUACGCCUUCUUUGACCUGCGCUUCCGCUCCCAGUGCCUGUGCCUGUUCAACCUGAAGAAGGCCAUGCAUGGACAGAUGAGCUCCAUGUCCUCCACGCUCAGCGCCCAGACACAGAAGUCAGAGGUACAGUCUCUGGCCACCAAAGUGUAAAGAGAGGGGAGGGAUAGGUGGAGUGGAACCGCUGGCUGGAUCCCUGCUGCCACCACAGGAACACUGACUGGCAAACGCACAAACUUUUGGUGUCCGUAAUUAAAUGUUUUUAAGGCGUAAAAGAGACAAUGAACCAUAUCAGAUGAAUUUACUUGUGUGUAUAUGUGCAUUUCUCUCCCAUUUCCAACCCAACGGGUGCCUCACUGGGUAGGGGAGAAGCCCAGGGAGUCCUCGACCCUACAGAGGUUCCCUCUAACCCCUGGACUGGACCCUGAAGCUGGGGCCAGCUGGCUGAUCUCCAUAUCGCUGCUUCCUUUUCUUCCACAAACUUUCAGAAAGUGACAGAGGUAAAUAUUAUUUUCAGACACAAUCAUUUUCCUGUUGUCCUUUUCAAACGUUAUUCUUUACUCUACAAGGGACCAGAAUUCUGAACAAAGAGGCAGACAGUCAUAGAGGGUUUAUUUGUGUUGUUGUUACGUAUUUCAUAUGCAAACCUGUUUACACUGGGUAAAUCACAAAUUUGUACAGUAUUUUCAUACUUUUGCUGUUUAAGAUGUGUUGAUAUUUUUUUUGUUUUAUUACAAGCACUUGUUAAAUGAAUGAAAUGUUAAAGAGGGGAGAGUGUGUUUGCAAAGAGACAAUAUCUUCUUAAGCUUGUUGUUUGUGAAGGUAGGAGACUGGCGGAGGGAGGGGGGUUUGUAAGAAGAGUUAAGGUGUUGCAGCUUAAUUACAUACUUUGAGGAGGAGACGGCGGGGCAGACAGGCAGAUGGCAGCAGACAAAUGCUGUCGGGGAAGCAGGUGGGGUGGGGGCUUUUGGUGCCGGAGGGGAAAGGGAACUUCAUGAAUGUUUUAUUAUUAUGCAUAUAUGUUGUAUUUUUUUGACAUCCGUGUAACUAACUACUGUAUUAAAGAAAUGUGUUCUAUGAAA